AGAAAUUUAAAUUCUAUUCUGUUUUGUUUAAUAUUUGUGUAAAAUACUGCAAUCAUUUUUUUUUUAAAUUAUAGUAUAUGUCACUGUACUUUGCUUUACUCAACCUAUUCUGGACAGGUACCUUGGCUUGUUCUUCAAACAGUUCCCGUUGUUUACGUUGGUCGUUCAGCUUGGUAUAGGCAUUGCACAACUCCUUUUCCAUGACAAACAGUUCAAAGUGUUCAGUUAGUCCUUUCUCUGAUCAUGUAUAGGUCCAUGUUCAGAUCAUUGUGAUGUGUGAUGAAUGGUCUGGCAGCUGCACCUCCAGCAAUCAUAUUCAUCAUUGGGGUUGCCACCUAGAAAUGACAAAAACAGGUCCACUUGUGCAAUUUUUAAACCGCCACUCUGAAACUACAGUAGUGAACCUGCUCUAUCACAUACAUUACUCCAUUGUAUUUGAAUUGUAUUCAGUGAGCUUGGCAAUGUACAUAAGGGGGUCUAUAAAUCCCAGCCAGUGCAGUAUUAAUAUAGCAUGACUAGGCUUAAAACAGACACUGAAGGGCUCCCGAGUGGCGCAUCCAGUAAAGGCGUUCCGCGUGGAGUGCAGGAUGCGCUCUAUAGUCUGGACGUUGCCGGUUUAAGUCCAGGCUAUUCCACAGCCGACCAUGGAUGGGAGCUCCCAGGGGGCGGCUCACAGUUGGCCGAGCGUCGUCUGGGGGGAGGGAGGGUUAGGUCGGCCAGGGUGUCCUCAGCUCACCGCGCACCAGUGACCCCUGUAGUCUUGCCGGGCGCCUGCGGGCUUGCCUGUAAGCUGCUCGAGAGGUGUGUUGUCCUCCAACGCUGUAGCUCUUGGGUGGCUGCAUGGUGAGUCCGCAGUGUGAAAAAAAGCGGUCGGCUGACGGCACACGCUUCGGAGGACAGCGUGUGUUCGUCUUCGCCCUCCCGAGUCAGCGCAGGGGUGGUAGCGGUGAGCUGAGCGUAAAAAAUAAUUGGGCAUUCUAAAUUGGGCAAAAAUAAUAAAAAAUAAUUGGCAACGACUAAAUUAAAAAAAAAAAAAAUAGACACUGGAUACUUUAAAAUAAAAUAAAAUGGUGUAAUAGCUUUUCAAAUGUACCUCCAGAAACCCCAGGUCAUCCAGAAAACUUCAGAUAUUUAAUAAUUGCAGCUCUUGUUAUGAAUUUCUGCCUCACAGACUCAUUCAUGGUCAAGUCAAGAUAACGUUGGCGGUACCUUUUCUCCUAAAGACAUAAUAUCAACAGUUUAUAAAAAGGUCAGAACAACCAAAACGUACUGUUUGAGUUGGCUUACAGAGAACAGCUAUAGGCAUUCCCUUACUCUGGUCUUUUGGUGUACCAAAAAACAUCUACUAAAUACUACAACCGUUUCAUAUAUAAAUGGCAUGCAUAGUCUUUAUUAUAUCAAAAGUUCUGUGUUUAUGUAUGCUAAUCCAUAAUUGAGUAACAAUACAUUUUAUCCUUUGAUUACCCUUACCUCACCAAGAUGCAUCAUGAACUGAAUACAUUUAAAACAGGCCUGUAUAAGUUGUAUUCUGUUUGCUAACGAAACAAAACACACACACACAUCUGUAGACUCCUGCUAACUGCUCUUUAUGAUACCUAAAACGUCCUUGGUACCUGGUCUUUGAGGCCAAAGUGAAGGUGUGGGAGCAUGUGCAGACAAGGUGACAAAAGCAUCAUUUUGGUUGGCACAAUGCUGAGCUCUCCUUUCUUGGUUUUGGUGGGAUUUCCUUCAACUCCAACAAUGUCCCCAUGAUGGAGAUCCUUGAUGAUCUUCACAAACUUCUCCUCAGACUCGUAGAAUCUAAGAGAUGCACAGGUUGCAGGCUGGUUUAAUUACAUUUUUAUAAAGUUUGAACAUUUGAGGUUUCUGUUGAUGGUAAAACUAUAAGAAGUAAACACAUGUCACCAACACUGUCAUCAACAGUAUUGUUUAUUAUAAUUGACUGACUAAACAACACAAGGUCAAUUGAAGUUACUAAUAAUACAUAUAAAACCUCAUCUCAUGACUAGAGGGCAUGGGUGGAUGUUGACACAUUAUUUUUUUUAACAAAAUCAUUAAAGCUGACAAUGCAGGUUCUACUGAUCCAUAUGACAAACAUUUAUAUCAGAUGUGUUAUGCACUGUUCCUUUGGACAGGAAUUCAAAUGUUCUACUCAAACAGCUAAGCAGUUUAAGUGCUGUACAUACUGGACAUUUGCCAUAAUCUGCAGUUUAACUCCUUCCCCUCUCAGGUCGUAAAACACUAGUUUUCCACUAGCGUGUCUGAUGGGAAGAGUGUGCUAUAAAGAGCUGUUGAUUUUGGUGUGAUGGGGAAAGUUCAAAACAUGGUUUUUACAAUGACACAAUGUAUAUCAAAUAACAGAUACAGCGUAAUGUUUGGUGUUACCAAAGGAAGAAGUUACCCAUUAUUCACAGAGAUAAUGCAAGAUCAACUUUUUUUAUUUAAUUUUUAUAAUUUACCUAUUUGAGUCAGGAAGUACAGGUAAUCUGUGAAGAUUAAUAACAUCCUUACAACUUUUCAAAAUGAGAAAUUGGCAACAGAAAGAUGCCAAUUAAAUGCAGCACACAAAACAGAAGGCCUGGCUCAAACAUAGCAGACAUUACUUGUGAGUUGAUGCAGUUCAGUGUACUAGUUCAUGUACAGGUUGCCCUGCAGUGUUUGUAUGUUAUCAGACAGUUUGAUUGGUUUUGUGCUGAAUGUCAAGUACAGACUGUGCACUUUGUCAGAACAACCAGGUCUAAUUUUAAUAUUGGACCUUACCAGCCACCCUCGGGUUUGAGAAUGCUGUAUGUCUCAAUAAACUGCGACAGACAUCUUCACGUUGAACUUAUGAGGUUAAGUUUCUUCUCCAUUUUCUUUCAUCUGCCUGAUAGCCUCAGUCCGGAGCUCGGUGUAUUUCUAUUACAAUAUUUAAAACACAGUCAUAAAAAGUUACACAAAUCCUAAUGGAUAAUGUAUGACUGUAAAUGUUGCUUUGAUUCUAGAAGUCACCUGGAAUCUUUAAGCUGUUGUUGUGGGGAAAAAAUGAAGAAAUGCAAGUCAAUUUAGUUAGAUCAUUUUCCACAGUUGCAGAUAUGAUGGCGAAGUGAAAACUUUUUAAAUUUCAUCUGUGGGACUACCGAGUCAAGGGCACAUACUGUAGACAUAUAUUCUAGUUCAAUGCAUAUUGUAGCUCAGUGUGGAUGAUUCUUGUGCAGCGUCUCAAAUCUUAUUCUGUCAGUGAUUUCCUUUGGUAUUUCAAUGCACACUAUUUGUAUUGUCUUCUUAAGAUAAUGUCUGUUUAGAAAGAGCCUAGAGGGAUCAUUAUUUGUUUACUGUUCUUUACCUUUUUAUAAUGUGUGCCAUCAUUCUGAGCGGUUCAUAUGCUGCUCUUCGAUCAGCCAAAGUGUCUUUUUUAAAAAGAAGAGCCACUACAUUCCAUAGCAUGUCAUUUGAAGCUACUCAGUAUUUAAUAAAAUACCCUUUCACUUCCAUCAUUAAUAUACACAACAUUGAGGACAUGAGGACUUUGGAGUGAUUUAUUGAGCUGCUGUAAACACACAAUGUCUUUCAAUGUUUGUACAAGGGCGCUCAUGGGAAAUAUGUGUUCCAAGGAAACAUAAUUCAGAGUUAUCUACUGUUUUGUUUUAAACUGAAACUAUGGGAUAUUUUUUAUUGAACACUACUUUAACAGCAAAUAUGCUAAAUAAAUAUUAUGUAGGGCUGCAAUGGCAUAAACAAUUCCUGUGAGGUGUUAAAAUUCUAAAGAUUUCUGUGAUUAUUCCUCAUUGACUACUACCUUGAGUGCAUUUUGGAUGAAAAUCUCCAUCUGUUACACAUAAAAAUAAACAUCAGUAUUUUGUCUUUUUUGUGUAAAUGGGCUGAGAGAGAGAGAGAGAGAGAGAUUCAAUUUGUAUUCCAAGAGAAUAAUGAGGUGCAGGCCAUUUACACAACAAAAUACAAAUGGUUAACCCAUUUACAUUCAGAUUCACUUACAGUAUGCAUACAAUAUAUAAUUACUGUAUAUUACAAGAACACCUCCUAUCUAAUGUACUAAAUGCAGAUUAUUUUUGUAAUUAUCUCUGUUAAAACUAAUGUAAAUUCUUACAUAAGUUGUAAAGGUGUUGACUUACAUGCGGUUCUAAUUCCUCCAGUCCUGUCAUUUUCACUGAAAGGAAAAGCACAAACAUUACUGGCAGGACUGAGACCUUGGCUGUGGAUGACAGGGGCACCAGUUAUCCUUUUGAGAAUCCAUUCAGUACUUCACAGCACCAGCUCCAUUCAGAAAGCAAACAACCUACCUUUUUUCUUGAUUUAGAAUAUAUGAAAAUGUCUUAAAAAAAUGAUGAGAUUUAAAAAAAGGCAUUAAACUACAGGCUAAUGUAUAUCAAAAUAGCAUGAUGAAUGAUUUCUUUAUUCUUAUGGUCCUGAAAAACUAUUUCCAGUACAGUUAUUUUUUGAGAUCACUGUUAUUUCUUGAGAUCUCUCAGUUUUGUUUACAAGCCUGGAAGUGGCUAUGAUUUAAUACAGUAUGAAAAUGUACUGCUAACUAGACCAUGUCAGAUUAAUUAUCAACCAAGUAAAACAUGAAGGGAGUAAAGCACCACCCUGAGAUAAGAAAAGAUUAUUACGUUUCAAGAUGCAUCAGUGGGCUGUUUGUAGUUAUUUUGAUUUAAAAUGAUAUGACUGCUUAUGAAUGCUUACUUCUGUAUAGCAUUUGUAAAACUUAAGUGUAAAGUAAAACAAAAUGAAAGUAUUCAGUUAAAUUAACAAGUAUUGCCUUGACCCUAGGGCCUGCUCUAAUGAUUUAAACAGCUGUGUCAAUAUAAAUCUUUUUUUUUAAUUUUUUUUAUAAAAGUCCACAAUUUCUUUAAACACAAAUAUUUUAGAGCAUCCGCUUUGACCAGUGAGGGCAGCGAUGUUCACGUCUCCUUGCUAAAGUACUCUUCAUUAUGUUGGAAAAUGGAAUAUGAUGUAAGUGGACUGCCUUUUUAGUUCUUUUGUAUUCUUUUUUUUUUUUUUAAUAAGUACAGAAGCGUCCUAGUGCCAAUUAAAAAAAUAAAUAAAAAAAGUAUCUCCUACGUAGGACUUUAUAUCUCCUACAUAGGAUUUUGUAACUCCUAUGUAGGACUUUUUUUAACAAGUCUUUCGUAGUACAGGCACUGCUUAUGUGUCGUUUUAUUGCUAGUGUAUGACAGUAACAAUUUUAUUUUGUACUCGACUAACAGUGAUGCAAAUUACCCUUCAACUGCUUUCACUUUGUCAAAAUCGAAACCUAAGUCUGCACACGGAAGAACAAUAGCAGAAUCACGCAGACGGUAUCGUUUGCAGUGUGAUCUUGACUCGGAGCACAAAGUAAGGCGUUUCUUCAGAUACCGGGGCCAUUACUAUAAUGGUCUGCAACCGAAACAUUACCUUGAAUAAAGAUCUCAGACAAGUUGCCAUCUAAAGAAAAUGGCUUCGAAUAGAAAUUGGUCUGAAAGCACUGCUGGAGAGGGCAAUGAAAGCAGCCAGACUCAAGAGAGAUGGGGAAUCAGACCUCCUUCACGCGGAAGAGGAUUUGGUGGUGGACCCGAUAGACCUCCGUUUAGACGUGAUCAGAGUGGGAGUAGGGAACGUACCAAUGACAGACUCCUUUCUGUUGCAAAGAAUCUUCUAGAUGAAGGAAGAAGCAGAUUUAGGCAAGAUCAUUAUUGUGGCCGAAGAGACUCUGAAGACAGACGAGGAAACCGUCAUCACUCACGAGGAAGGAGUGCUGCAGGGUUUGUUGAGCAACCUGACAGCAGGCGCAAUGCUGGGUCUGGACAAGCUCACACAAGGGGCCCAAAUCACAGUUUCACCAGUUGGAACAACAUGAAGUCAAAAGAUUACAGCAGAAACAGUGACAAAGAUGACUUUCGGAAGCUAGCAGGAAAAAGGGCAGGAAGUCAUCCCAACCUUUUAGACAUCUCCAAAGGCUGGGAUUCAGAGCAACGUGGCCGGAGCAAUGAGAAGUCCCCAAAUCAAAGCCGGACUCCCAGGGUCAAUAAUUUAGACUACAGAGCUCUAAAAAAGAUUUUCGAAAUGGAGCCUUCAGAAGUUGUCAUGAAACUGGCCUCUCCAGGAAGUGGUUUAAAAGAAUUCUUAAGCCAUGAAGAAAUGACUGAUGAACUUAUUGCCAUUGCUCUUGAGGUCCUCGGUAAAGCAUGCAGCAGCAAGUCUAACCGAGAGAAUUUACAGCAUCUUCUAAUUGACGUGAAAGAAUCUCGCUUUUUGAAGAGACUCCUCCCUAUGUAUGUCAUGAGAGUGAGCCGGCACAAUGAUUCAGUGAAAAGAGAGCAGAGCAUUGUGCAGGUUGACCAAAUACUGGCUCUGCAUCAGACAUUAAUUAGUGUCUUCCCUGCCAGCACUAUCCUUGAUGUGUCUCUUAUUGUAGCUCUUUUGCAGACUGAAAUCACUUACCUGCAGUCAACUGGGCUUACUAUUCCCAAGGAAACAGAAAACAGCAUAACAAGCCUUCAGAGAGUCAUCGCCCAUUUGCAAGAGAAGAAACGAGAGGGAACGCUUCGAUCAGACAACUAUACAUACAUAACAGGGAAUCUGGAAGAGCUAGACAUUGAGGACUUCAGAUACAUGUCAAUCUUUCCGACAUAUGAAGACAUACACUUGACUGCGAAACCCUUCAUGCGGCCGAAUAUUAUCGGCCAAAAAUUUGAAGACACAAAAACUUACCUUGAUACUCAUUUCCGCCUCCUUAGGGAAGACUUCAUUAGACCUCUGAGAGAUGGGAUCAAUCAGGUUCUGAAGUUUGAUGGGAAGGAUCUGAGAAAGGGAAGGUUUGAUGACAUUAGAAUUUAUUUGAAUGCUUAUAUUCUUUCCCCCAUCUGCACCCACAAAGGGAUCCUGUACAGAGUUCAGUUCGGUAUUGAUAAUUUGAAAUCUGUGAACUGGGAAAGCUCAAAGCGACUGUUGUAUGGAGCUCUGGUAUGCCUGUCCAGAGACAACUUUGAGACUAUGAUUUUUGCUACAGUGGCAAACCGGGAUGUAAAGGAUCUCCAGAAAGGCAUUACGACUCUAGAUUUCACUGAAGAAAGCAGACUAAAAUUAUCAGAAUUCCAGGAAAAUGAUUAUUUUCUAAUGGUUGAAACAACUGCCUUUUUUGAAGCCUACCGACAUGUACUUGGAGGCUUGAAAGAAAUGGCUUUGGGUGAACUUCCUAUGCAGAAAUAUAUUGUCAGCUGUGACACUAACAUUUCAGCUCCUCAGUACUUAAUGAAUCAUCCUCAUACUUACAGUCUUCAGUCACUGACGACAGAGGGCCCUGUCAGAAUACAGGAGCUUGAGAAAUCUGUCAGUACUGAGGAAUCUGACGAUAGUGACAUAUCUGACACUGAUGAAUUAUUAGGCCUGCCUUGGAAAGAUAGGCAUGAUGUGCUCAAUUUUGCUGAUUGGCCCAGUAAGGAAAGGUUAAAGUUGGAUGACUCCCAAAUGCAGGCAGUGCAAAUGGCCUUGACUAAAGAACUGGCUAUUAUUCAAGGCCCACCCGGCACAGGCAAAACAUAUAUUGGUCUGAAAAUUGUCAAGACUAUCCUUUCUAACUCAAACACUUGGCGUUCAAUGGGGGGUUGCCCCAUCCUGGUUGUAUGCUACACAAACCAUGCACUGGAUCAGUUUUUGGAAGGCAUUCACAAGUUUUUAAGGACAGGAUUGGUCAGAGUAGGAGGAAGAUGUGCCAGCGAGGUCCUCCAGAAAUUUUCUCUGAACAAUUUAAGAAGAGAUAAUAUGUUUAAACAGAAACUGCCUGGACAUCUGCGAGCAAUGUAUUCAGUGCUUACAGAAAACCGAAAAAGUGUUGAAGAGAAAAUUCAAAAGAAAGCAGCUCUUUUUGAAAGUGCUGCGAAAGGAGUUCUUCAUGAGAAUGUCCUGGAAGAUAUUAUUAUUUCACUUCAUGGGGCUAAUCUAGGAGACGUACAGGCUGUGGAAAAUUCCCGCAGAAAGAAAGCCCCCUCGCUAAUGUUAGAAUGGCUAGGAAUUUCACUCCUGAGCCAUAUGUCAAGGCAAACUGGUGAUGAAGACACCAAUCAAAGGGGUAGUGAGACUGCAGAUUGUGGUGAUAAAGAUUUAGCUCAAGCGGCUCAUGAGGAGAAAAGCCAUGAUAGCAAGGAAAAUGAAAAUGAAGAACAGAAUCUAUAUGAAUCUGAACAUGAAGAAACAGGACAAGAUAAUGAGGGCAGAGCUGAUGAAAACUUAAACAAGCCGGAGAUUGGAGAGUGGAAGUCAUAUGCAGAUGAUGUAGCCAAAGCAGCUGAAUUACUGAAGCUGGCAGACACUCAGGAAGAAGAAGAUGCUUCUGAGACAGCAAGUGUGACUACAGAAGGAGAUGAGAAUGCAGCUGAUUUACUCGCAGUCACUGAAGAGGCUGAUCUGGUUCAGGCCGAGAGGAUGAUAGAAGAUGAUGAUGUGCAAAAGCAGAUCCAACAAGCUAAGAGGAGAAUUUUUCAAACAAAGAGGGUGGUUCUGGCUUAUGUACCUGGAGAAGAGAAAGAGGAGGUGCAAAGCAAGAAUGAACCUUACGAUGAAGGGUGGGAGAUAACAAAAGAUAUGAAGAAAAAACUGAAGCGCAUUGUCAAGGUGGAGCUUCUAAAAACUGACCACAUGCUGGAGGAAGAAGCUGAACAAAUCGCCAACCUCUGGGCUCUGUCUUACACACAACGCUGGCAUCUUUACAGGCUGUGGCUUUUGAAAUAUCGGAAUGAUAUCAGACGGCAGAUUCUGGAAUAUGAGAACGAGUAUCAGAGAACGGUUAACAGGAUCACUGAACUGCGAAACCAGGAGGAUCAAACUAUCCUGAAAAUGGCAUACGUCAUUGGAAUGACAACAACAUGUGCAGCCAGAUAUAGGAAGGUCUUACAGGAUAUUCAGCCCAAGAUUGUGGUGGUUGAAGAAGCAGCUGAAGUGCUGGAGGCUCACAUAGUGACAACUCUGACCUCUGGAUGCGAGCAUCUUAUUUUAAUAGGAGACCACCAGCAGCUUCGUCCAAGUGCCACAGUGUAUGAGCUGGCAAAAAACUUCAACCUGGAGGUAUCAUUGUUUGAGAGGCUUAUAAGGAUGAAUGUCCCAUACGUCCGCCUUGAUUAUCAGCAUCGCAUGCGUCCUGAAAUUGCUCGGCUGCUAACACCACACAUCUAUGACAAGCUGGAGAACCACAACUCUGUCUGUCUGUAUGAUAACAUUAAGGGAGUUACUACAAAUGUCUUCUUUGUGGAACACAAGCACCUUGAAGAAAGCAUCCACGAAGGACGAAGCCACCAGAACCUACACGAGGCUAACUUUGUCAAGUCCCUCUGCUAUUACUUUAUCUGUCAGGGAUAUGAACCCUCUCAGAUAACGGUUCUUACCACGUACACAGGCCAGCUCCAUUGCUUAAAGAAAAUCAUGCCCAAGAGUAAAUUUGAAGGAGUCAAACUGUGUGUGGUUGAUAGAUACCAAGGGGAGGAGAAUGAUAUUAUAAUCCUUUCUUUAGUUAGGAGUAAUCAAGAAGGGAAGGUGGGUUUUUUGCAGAUUCCAAACCGAGUUUGUGUUGCUUUGUCCAGGGCAAAGAAAGGUUUGUUCUGUAUUGGCAACAUGAGUAUGCUGUCAACUGUUCCGCUGUGGAGUAAAAUUAUGAAUGUGUUACGCAGCAAUGGGCAGAUAGGAGAGGCUCUAAUGGUUCGCUGUGAAAAUCACCCCGAAACUGCUAACUUUGUUUCUGCAGCAGAAGACUUCCUCAAAGUGCCACAGGGGGGAUGCUUAGAGCGCUGUGAGUAUCGGCUGAAUUGUGGCCAUGUCUGCACCAGGUUUUGCCAUCCAUAUGACUCGGAACAUAAGGAUUUCAUCUGCACCAAGCCAUGUUCUAAAACACUGUGUGACGAUGGGCACACAUGUCCAAAAAAGUGCUCUGCUGUAUGUGGCGAGUGUGAGGUGAUUGUCACCAAAACAAUACCCAAGUGUGGUCAUGAGCAGAAGGUGCCCUGUUCAUUACCUCCAGAAACUUUUUCAUGCCACAUGCAAUGCAACAAACCCUUAUCCUGCAGUCACUUGUGUGUUCGUGAAUGUGGUGACACAUGUACCCGCAGAUGCCCGCAGAAUGUGACGGUUAACCUAGACUGCGGUCACCAAAGGACCAUUUCAUGUUACGAAAAGCAAGAAGCUGAAAAAAGAAAUGAGAAGAUACUUUGUUUUGUAAAAUGUGAGGCCAGGCUGCAGUGCGGACAUAAGUGUUCUGGUAGCUGUAGCGAAUGUUCGAAUGGAAUGUCACAUGUUGCAUGUCGUUCUAAAUGCAAGGAAGUGCUAAUUUGUUCCCACCAAUGUCAAAAUAAGUGUUGCGAGGAUUGUAUUCCGUGUUCUCUUCCUUGUGACCGCAUAUGUUUCCAUCAAAAGUGUGAUCAAAUGUGCUGCAUGCCCUGUCGCCCCUGCACACAGCCAUGUGGCUGGGGAUGCAAGCAUCACACGUGCACAAAGUUAUGCUUUGAACUUUGUGACAGAAAGCCUUGUGAACUGCCUUGCUUUCAAAAGCUUAAAUGUAAACAUCGAUGCAUUGGUAUGUGUGGGGAACCAUGUCCAAAGAAGUGUCGCAUAUGUCAUGCAGAUGAAGUUCAAGAACAGUUUUUUGGUAAAGAGGCUGACCCGGAGGCCAGGUUUGUCCAACUUCAGGACUGCAAUCAUAUCUUUGAGGUGACUGGGUUUGACACGUGGAUGAUGCCUCCUGAAAACGAUGGCCUGAUCAAGCUGAAUGUGUGCCCCAAGUGCCACACUCCUAUCCGGAGCAGUGUGCGCUAUGGUUCUGUCAUCAAGAGAACACUGAUUGAAAUGGAGCAGGUGAAAAAGAAGACAGUUGAUAUGUGCUCAACGCAACUUCUAAUCUCAGUAACUGAACGCGAUGAAAUGAAAAAGUAUUUCCCAUUAGUUCUUGAAAUGCUUCUGUCAAAGUUGGAUAAAGCUGAUUUGAUGAUGUCCAAGCUGCUCUUCAUUAAAGAUCAGAUUACCAUUCUCUCAAAGCUGGCAGAAAUAAAAAAGAAUGUUCAGCUGCUUUUGCCAGUCACCUUGCUCCGAGACAAAAUCAACAAGGAAAUAGACAUUUGUAGUUCAAACAUAACAAAGCCAAUAUACAGUAAUUUCCUCCUUGAAAAAGAAAUCAUAAGGAUUUCACUCUUAGCUGAAGCCUACGUCAUGUCCUACAUGCAUAACAAACCUAUACUAUCCUCUGCAAUCAUGUUUGCCCAUAUUCGGUGUACACGAUCACUUGAUAACCCAAAAGAACUUGAACACAUAAUUUAUCGUCUGGAACGUAGUGUGAUGGCACUUAAAGAAGAAGAGGAAAUAAAAAAUAUUCGGAAAAUGCUUGACAGCCUCCAGGAGAGGUUCAAAUUGCACAUGUUGUUUAAGAUCUUGGAUGAGAAAAAUCACAAACUGCUUGAUGGUGCCAUUUUUAGACAGGGCCAGUGGUACAAGUGCAGUGAGGGACAUGUUUACUGGAACCAGGGAAGUGGAAGUGAACCAAAGGUCAGCCAGUGUCCAGAAUGUUAACAUAAAGAAUAAUAAAACCAUCACGUAUGACACAGAUAGAACAAAUCUAAAUGUGUAAUUAUUUUGGCGAUAGCUAGUUGGGUUGGUUCAGUGUUCAAGGUAGUGUUGGCCGAUAUACCAAAAUGUUACAACAUCAAUAUUAGGACAUUGACUGCGUCACAAUAAUAUUGUGGAGAUGGUACUACAGUGAACUCUGUUUAUAAGAAUCACAUCCGUCCCGGAUGGUUUGAUUCUUAUAAGCGGUUGAUUCUUAAAAGCGGAUUGAUAUGAUUAGCAAAAGCGUGCUUCCAUGCAACAGCAGUUUAAAUACAGUAUACAAAUGUCAGUGAUGCUUAAUCACUGAGGACAACACAUCAAAACAAGUCCUCAUGGAUAAGCAACUUGUUAUAUGAUCAUGAUUAUGUUUACUCAAGGCUGCAGAAUCCUAUUUUACUACAGUAUACUUGAGAAGUGAUAUUUAUGGGGGAGAUAUUUCAGUAGCUGUAACCCCUUUGACUGAGUUUGACUGAGGCCAGGGGAAAAAUGGGAAACUUCAUUCCGAUGAAACUGAUAGAUUGUUUAUUUUUUGAAUACUUGGUCUUAAUUGAAUCUAUGUCUUUGUUCUUAAGUCCAUGGAGUUUAUUCAGUAAUUGGUUUGUGCAGUGUCAUGACAUGAUCCUUGUUGUAAACUUGGUGUCUGAUUUAAUAAGCUUUUGCACUAGUGCAGUGUUUUGAUAAAAAAAUCACAAAAAAACUGUUAAUGUUGCCAAUCAAUAACCAAAUUCUAGUUCUGAUUCAUUAAACCAGUUAUAUUUUCUUUUCUGAAAAAAACUAACAUCUUAUAUACAGCCCAUAGCAUGAUUGUUCAAGUGCAUGCUUACCUGAUACUGCAUUACAAUUUCUGCAUUGUAUUUUAAAUUAUACUUAUGUAUUAAAAUGUAUCAUUAAAAAAAAAAAAAAAAAAAAAAAAAAAAAAAAA